AUGCUGGAUGAUAACAAACUGGAAAAAGCGGGAAGUUUGAAUCCGUUCCAAAGGCGGGUAGAGCUAAACAGAUCAUCAAGCGCUAGUGAUUUGACUGAGGUGGUUCUUUUGGGUAAAAAGAAAGAAAGAGAAGGGAAGAUUGGCUUGAGACUUGAGAGGGACCGGGCAGCUAGGAAGAUAUUUAAAAAGAGUAAACUAAUUACGAAGUUACCGAAUAAAAAAGUAGGGCUCACGGAGUAA